AAGGCGCUUUGUUGUUCUUGCAGGACAGAAGACGAAGACAAUUAUUUUUAAUUCUUUGUUAACAACCCGGGUUAAGCAAAGAUACCAUCUCACAUGGUUCAAUAUAGUUAAACACCAACCAAGCGUGGAGUUGUCCAGUAAAAACUGGAGUAUUUGUGGGACCAUAUCAAGUCAGCAUUGAGCUAGCAUUAGCCUCUCCGGGAGGGAGUCCACUAUCCAGAUUGGAGCGGAAGGAAUUCCAAACACUGGGAAGAAGGGGGGGGGGGAGAAAUUACUGCUGGGAUGCCUCACGCAAGUUGAAAAAAACAUGUAUUUCACAGUUCCUCCCGGGAUUAUGGCACUGUAAACCUGGGAUAUGUGUUUGUAUGACUGAUACCAACUCACUGGAACGACUUGAUGGUGUUUUUUUUAACAGUUAACGUGACCAGUUUAGCGAGUUAGCCACGUAGCUACGUAGCCCUCAGGAGGAAGACAUUUAAAAUGGCGGAGGUUUGGCCCAUUCCUUCGGCCCUUGUCUUCAUGCUGCUGAGUUUGAGUGCCUGGGCUCUGGAGUCUUGUCCCGCUCCCUGCUCGUGUUUAAGAGGACAACAUGAGGGCUAUAUUCUGGACUGCAACAGGAAAAGACUUUCGGCGGCUCCCGUGGACCCACCAGAGGGGAUAACCCAAGUCACCAUGAAUCACAAUGAGCUGACUGUUCUUCCUUUUCUUGGAGAUGUUUCCUCCAAUGUCACCACGCUGUCCUUAGUCCACAAUCGGAUCUCUGAGCUUUCGAUGCAUCAGCUCCAGCUGUAUGUUUCCUUAGAGACACUGGACCUGACCUCCAACUCCAUCACAGAGCUCAACGUUGGAUCUUUCCCCUCCAUGCAGCUGAAAUAUCUGAAUUUGAGUAAUAACAGGAUCAGCGUCCUGGAGCCUGGCUGCUUUGAAAACAUCUCCAGCUCCCUGCUGGUGCUGAAGCUGAACAGGAACAGAUUGGCUAUGCUGCCGUCCAAAGUCUUCAAACUUCCCCAGCUGCAGUUCCUGGAAAUGAAGCGUAACAAGAUCAAGAUAGUGGACAGUCUGACUUUUAAAGGGAUGGAAUUGCUGAAGUCGCUGAAGAUGCAGAGGAACAGCAUCACCAAACUCAUGGAUGGAGCCUUUUUUGGACUUAACAACAUUGAAGAACUAGAGCUGGAGCACAACAACCUCACGGAGGUCAACAAAGGCUGGCUGUAUGGACUGCGCAUGCUGCGUAUCCUGCGGGUCAGCCAGAAUACUGUCGGCAUCAUCCGACCAGACGCCUGGGAGUUCUGCCAAAAGCUGGAGGAACUAGACCUGUCCUUCAAUCAUCUGACUCGACUUGAGGAGACGGCCUUCGUAGGAUUAGGUCUACUGGACAGCCUGAACCUCGGGGAAAACUCCAUCAGCCAUUUGGGAGAGGGAGUGUUCAGCGGCCUGACGAGUCUGCGCACCCUUGAUAUCCGCAAUAAUGAAAUCUCCUGGGCCAUUGAAGACUCCAUUGGUGUGUUUGUUGGGAUGAAGAAGCUGAACACACUAAUAAUACAGCGGAACAAAAUCAAAUCAAUCACCAAGAAAGCGUUCGAGGGCCUGGACGAGCUGGAGCAUCUGGACCUGAGCAAGAACGGCAUCAUGUCGAUACACCCUGAGGCGAUGUCCCACAUGAAGCUCAAAGAGUUCGUCCUGAACACCAGCAGCCUGCUGUGUGACUGCCACAUGCAGUGGCUGGGGCCGUGGCUGACCGAGAGCAACUUCCACCAGUCCGUCUCCGCCGUCUGCGCUCACCCUGCCAGCCUGCUCGCUCAUAAUGUCCUGUCCAUCAGCCCUGACGAGUUCGUUUGUGAUGAUUUCCCCAAGCCCCUGAUCACAACUCAUCCAGAGACGUAUGAGGCGCUGCGGGGGAACAACGUGAGUCUGAGCUGCGUGGCGUCAAGCAGCAGCGAUUCGCCGAUGACCACGGCUUGGCGGAAGGACGGGGAGGUGCUGUAUGAUGCAGAGGUGCAAAACUACGCCCGGUACCAGGAGGGAGAGCUGAUCUACACCACCGUGCUCCACCUGCUCAAUGCCAACUUCACCGACGAGGGCCGCUACCAGUGUGUGGUCUCCAAUCACUUCGGCUCCAACUACUCCAACAGGGCCAAGCUUACGGUCAACGAGCUGCCGUCCUUCCUGAAGACUCCCAUGGAUCUGACGAUACGCACGGGGACUAUGGCCAGGCUGGAGUGUGCCGCUGAAGGCCAUCCAUCCCCCCAGAUUGCCUGGAAAAAAGACGGAGGCACGGACUUCCCCGCCGCCCGAGAGCGCAGGAUGCACGUGAUGCCAGAUGACGACAUCUUUUUCAUCGCUAACGUCAAGACUGAAGACAUGGGAGUGUACAGCUGCACGGCUCAAAACGCAGCCGGCAGUCUGUCCGCGAACGCUACUCUCACUGUCCUGGAAACACCAUCCUUCAUGCGGCCGCUGGAAGACAGGACCGUGGCCCGCGGUGAAACGGCCGUGCUCCAGUGUAUCGCCGGAGGCAGCCCGGCCCCUCGCCUCAACUGGACCAAAGACGACGGACCCCUGGUCCUCACCGAGCGCCACUUCUUUGCUGCAGCCAAUCAGCUCCUCAUCAUAGUGGAUGCCGGUCCUGCUGAUGCUGGGAAAUACACCUGUAUCAUGUCCAAUACUCUGGGAACGGAGCGUGGACACAUCUACCUCAGCGUGUCGCCGUCAACAAACUGUGACACCGGCACCGGGUACGACCAGGACGGCUGGACCACCGUGGGCAUCGUGGUGAUCGUGGUGGUGUGCUGUGUGGUCGGCACCUCGCUGGUCUGGGUCAUUGUCAUCUAUCACAUGCGCAGGAAAAGCGAGGACUACAGUAUCAGCAACACAGACGAGAUGAAUUUGCCAGCAGACAUCCCCAGCUACCUGUCCUCCCAGGGAACUCUGUCAGAGCCACAGGAAGGCUACAGCAACUCUGAGGCUGGCAGCCACCAGCAGCUCAUGCCUCCUCUCUCCAACGGAUACGUCCACAAAGGCACAGAUGGUGUGUGUUAUGGAGACACGGGCAGCGAGGUGGAGACGGAGGGGAGCGGCAUGCUGCACUGCCGGGUCGGCUCUCUAUUCACCGGCCGUAGCAGCUUCCACCCUGGAGAGCCCCGCGACGGACUGACCGGACACCCAGCAGGAGGUGCAGGUCCACUUGUCAUCUGCUCUGACUGCUACGACAACGCCAACAUCUACUCUCGCACACGGGAGUACUGUCCCUACGCCUAUCUGGGUGAGGAUGACCCGCUGGACAAAUCCAUACUGGGCCUGAAGGAAAGCUUCGGUGAGCAUGCUCAGCACGACGACACGGCACUGGAGAGCCUCAUUAGCAACCGCGACUCCUCCAUCUUUCUCACCCCGCACAACAAAAGGCUGAGCAGCCACACUCCCCCAGAGCACUACGCUAACGAUUCCCUCAGCAGGUCCUUCUGGGGAGAAGGGGAAGAUCCGUCUCUGAGAGCCCAAGCAGGCGCGUCCCAUCACCCGGGGGCGAUGUAUCGGACACCCCCUCUGGCCGCUCCACGUGCCGACAGGGCAGAGGAACAGAGUGAGGCAGAAUCGGACUGUUUACCCAGCCAAUCCACACAGGACCACAGAAGUGCCUCUAAUAGGACUAACCCUCAGGAGCAUGCUGCUCCCUCAUAGGUCCUUACACUAGGCCCACGCUCUGCCUCUGACUCCUCGUUGAUGCAACCCCUCCUUUCCCGUCACCCACUACCUCCAAAGAGACUCCUCAUAUUCUGCCAAAGAUGCUCUCUUGUAUGUUUACAUUCCCUUUCUGUCCACUCGAGAGGACAUAUUACCGCUCUCCACCGUGGAGGGUCUGCUGGACAGAUGGACCGGUGAUUAGAUUGACCUUCUCCUUGACACCUCCACCUCUGCAGGAACCUGUCAUCACACAUCCUCCACUCUUCUUUGUUCUCUUCCUAGAGAAAGCGAUGAAUGUAUGCUUGGAAGAGCCAUGUCGGGCACUACCAUGACAGAACGCCAAGACAUGGUUCAGUCUUAACAAGCUCUCGCUCCUCCGGCCAUGCUGCUGGAUGGGGGGAGGAAGUGUUGUGCCAGUGCACGACACACUGGCAGUUUUAACACAUCAUUCCCGGUACAGAAAGCUGUCGGAGCAGCCUUUAUGACUUUGGUAAAAAUGACAAAAACCACUGAUUCCCAAGUGGGUAAAAAGGGGACACUUGUAGUCCCCUGACCAGCAGUGUGUGGUUGUUGAGAGAACAUUAAAAAGAUGCGUCCCACUUUCCCACAGCCAUCCCGACGGACUCAAAACUAUCUGGUAUCUUGUUAUGCAAAUCCCAGAGACAGUGACACCAAAAUGUGGUGUAUAUUAUAAAUAUAUAUGAAUAUAUCCUAUAUCACCUUAUUCUCAUCUUGUUUUUGUCCUAUGAUGAUUCCUUCAUUUGAUGUCUUUGUAAUAAUCAGCAGUUUGGGGAGAAAGCGUACACUGUCUUUUGCACAUGUGACAAUCAUGGCUGUUCUCUCAUGGUUGUCUGUCGGAUGGCCUUUUCUUUAACAAGCAUUCUCAGUGACCUCGAUCAGGUGACUCGACGGCUUCUAUACACAGUACUACGCACUGAUUUCCCUUUAUCAUACCUUACAGGCACUUAAUUUAAUGGAGGUAGACGUCAUUAUGCAGUGUGCAUGCUGUCUUACAUCGUGAGGAUUCAUCGUCACGGUUUUAUCUCUCAAUGAUCCUUCCGUAGAUUUAUUUAGCCUCGGUUUUCACUCUGGACUGUGAAAAAUGAGAAUGUAUUGUAUUAUUUUCUACAUGUACGUAUGUGUGUGUGUGUACAUAGGGCUAGUUAUCUAUUCAAUUCCAUGUCCUACUAGUCCAUUUGCAAGGAGGUUUGAGACGUAAGCUGCAGUAUCUUUAAGCUUAUUCAUUUCAUGCCUUUUAUUGACCCAGUUUUCUACCUGUCUGCAGAUAACAAAAUGAACACAUUUUCUCUAGAAAUGGAGGUUAUUUUCCUCCCAACUGAGAGUAAACAAACAGCUGCCAGCUUCAGCAAACCGUACUGUUUCCACACGUCGGAUAUUAAAUUGCUUUGAGGAUUUAAAGAUGCCUUUCAUGUAGACGACCGUGGCUUUGUUUAAUCAGGUGUAAGGUCAUGAGUUUUCCAUAAAAAUCCUCUAGAUUAUUGCACUUCAGUAUUGCUCAGAUGUGAUUGACUUUGGCCUUGUUUGUGACUCAAAAACUCAAUUUAUUUUUGCAAUAUACUCAGUUGACAGUUUAUUAGGAAAAUCCAGCUAUAAUAGAUGCAGCCUGAUACAGCAGUCCUGCAAUAAUUCCAACAUUGAUCACAUGUCUUUCUCUUUGUUUUGUUUGUUCUCUAGCUUUUGAUUAUUUUCAGUACAGAGGGUGUAGUUUUUGGUACUCUUGAACUCUAUUGAGUUAUACUGAGAGGUGUUUUUUUUUUUUUGGUAAGUCUAACAUAAUGAAUGCAGGAAUUAUUGCAAGACUGUACGACUAAAUUAGAUUUAGCUAAGUAGACCUAAAAACUGCCAACUGAGUGCAUGUUGUAGUCAUAUUGUGAAUAUCUGACAUCCCAUUUGUUGUGUUAUUUCUGCCAUGUUAAUAAUCAGUACUGCAACAUACUGCUCUUUACAUUUGCGACCAAGAAAAUAUUUGUUGUGUUCCUUUUCUCCCUCUUUCGUAUACGUACACCUCAAGGGUACUAAGUUCAGACACUAAAAAUCAAAGAUGCUGAAAGUCUUAUUAUUACUGUCAUAGUGUAUAUUGGUACAUCUGAGUGGUACGUGCAGAUAUGAAUUCUUCACUCUUGCACUCUUUUAUUGAGACUUCCUGCUUCAAUGCUUUUUGUUUACUUGAUGUUUUCUGACUGUUGGCCAAGGUCAACCUCGUGCCCCCUUUCAGAAAGAUUGAGAAAUUCAAAUGAAAACUCGCAGUGAUAAGUCAUCUGAGCGGAGCUACAUAUCGCUGGGGCGCAUAUCGAUUUUCCGUUAAAUAUUUUCUGCCAACACAGCACAUCAUAAUGUGCAUAUGUAUUGUUUUUGUUCUCUGAACGUCCUUUAUGACUUUAUACCAAAGUUAAGCAGUACCUGCUCUGGCGAUAUCCAAUGCUGCUUUUUUUUAUUGUUGAAGUUUUGCAUUUUGUUUUUUAAUGGUAUUUUUGGACCUUUGUUAACGUGUACAUUCUGUAAAGCAUGUCUAAAGAGCCUUUUUGUUACGUAGCCAUUACUCUGAUAUUAAACAUGAAUUCUGAUCA